UUGUGGUCGCCGUAAUAUACACUACUAUAAUAUGGCUUCUAGACAAUCACCAAGUUUACCAGUACUCUAUACAACAGGUACCCAUUAUGAUGUAGGCUACAACACCGGGGUCACCUUUUCCAAUAAUAUUCGACAAUAUGUCAAUUCCUCUAAAAGAGUUUGUGAGAAAAUCAAACCAUAUUACGACACACAGGAGGGAAGAGAAUUGUAUGACAUAUUUUUAAAGGCCACGGAGGACAGCUACCCACAGUAUUGUCGAGAGUUGCGGGGAAUUUCUGACGGUAGCGGCGUUCCGUUUGAGAUGUUAUUUCUCUUAAAUAUAUCACCAGAAGUUAGAAGGCAUUUGGAAAGGGAGGCAACACCUAAAGUUGAAGCAGAUGGUUGUAGCGAUAUUUUCCUUAAUAGUCCUAACUUAAAACUUUUAGUUCACAAUGAAGAUUGUGAUCCAUUGGUAAAACAAUAUGGAUAUAUGUUGAACACAAAAAUUGAUGACGUAGAAGGAAAAGAGAGGUUUUUGGCAUUUUGUUACCCAGGAAUUUUACCGGGACCCGCCUUUGCUGUUAACGGGGAUGGCUUGGUAAUAACUGUUGACGGAUUAUAUCCUAAACAUGUAACGCUAGGAGCCCCACCACGUUAUUUUGUGAAUAGAUCUUUGAUGCGCAUGACUGAUAUAGAUAGUGCUAAGAAAUUAGCAAGAAAUGCCGGUCACGGAAUGGCUUUUGGAUUUUGCGCUAAUAUAUCCUCCAUUCGAAAUACAGAACAAUCUUGGGCGCUAGAAAUUGCACCAGGACAUCCAAACGCAGGAAUCCAGAUUCACACGAUUGAGGAAGGUACAGAUUUGGAUCCUAAUUACUAUUUUCGUUGUAACAGCUAUAAGCAUUCCUCGGUGGAGGAGGCGACUUAUCUUAGUUCAACACACCGGAUGUUACGGGCCCAGGAGUUACCUACACCAAAAUCAUUGCACGACAUUCUCAACAUACUUGGUGAUACCCACCACGAUUUAUAUCCGAUAUUCAGAACACCACGAGAAACAGACCGGAGUGAAACUGUGCUGACAGUUUCCAUGAAUAUUUUAAAUAAAACCAUGAACUUUUAUCAAGGAAAUCCAAAAUAUCAUUCUUACCCAUUCAUGUCUUUGCCACUGGAAUUGUCCAAUGAAAUAAUUUGAAUGGAAAUAGUUUAUCAAUUAAAUGUUAAUAAAUUCACUGAAUUAUGUAACGAUAACCAUGCCAAAUGAUAAUAAAAAAAGGCAUGAUAGAAUUAGUAAAAUCCAUUAUGAAUUAAUACAUUAUGAAGUAGAUCGUGAUGAAAUCCUAUGUAUCUCUUAUUUGAGGUUGUUCGCUGGAUUAAUUAAAAUUUAAUUGAUAUUCAAUAUCAAAGUUUGUCAAAUAGAUCGACAAGUUCUCUUUAAGAUGCAGUAUGUAAGAUUUAUAUAGUACAACCUGUCGCCCUUGCUAUGAUAGUUUUUUUUUGUUGUAAACAAUAUUUUAUUUCAUUUGAAAAUGGAUUGGAGAACUGUCUAGGCCUAUAUUGACUCCUCUCCAGAAUUGACAAAAAUAAGUUUAAUUUAUGUACAUAAAAACAUAUAUACAACAGGAACAUAUAAUAAUACAAAAUAUAAAAAUUAUUUGAGACUUAAAUAUAAACUAAACAUAUACCAUUGUCCGUUCCGUUAUUUGUACCAAUAUAGUAGUGCCGCAAACCCCCGCCUCUCCAUAU